AUGGCCUUCGGGACAGAGGCACUAGGUUUCUCACAACUUUUCCCAGGAAUCACCAACACUCUUCUCACCCUGGACUCUAAUUUCCGCAUCCCACUAUACAGGGAGUACAUACUGUCUCUGGGCCUCGGUGGCGUAUCGCGCUCAUCCUGCAAGAAAAUCCUCUCUCAAGGCGGACCAGACGGCAAAGGCAUGGGAAGAGCAAUUACCAUUGUCAUUGGCGGAGCUCGAGAAUCCCUGCUCGCUACUCCAGAAACAAUGAGACUGAUAGUCCGUGAUCGCAAGGGAUUUGUAACUCUCGCCGUCCAGCAAGGCGCGGAUCUCGUUCCGGUUCUCGGUUUGGGUGAGAAUAAUCUGUACGACCAGAGAGACACAUCAGAGGAGCAUCCGCGUUUGCUAAAAGUCCAAUUGCUUUUGAAGCAGGUAUUUGGAUGGACCAUGCCUAUGUUCCACGGGAGGGGCCUCUUGGGCAAAUGGCCAGGUCUUCUGCCCUAUCAGAGGCCGUUGGAUAUUGUUGUUGGGCGGCCGGUGGAGGUUGAGCAGCAGGACAAUCCUGAAGAGGAGUAUGUAGAUCUUAUUCACAGAAGAUACAUGGAUGAAAUAGAGAGAUUGUGGGAUGAAUGGAAGGAUGUUUAUGGGGGAAAGAGGGCGUCGAAGUUGGAAUUUCUAUGA